AAUCAUCAUCAUUGCAUUAGUCUUUGUAAAUGAAUUUUAUGUCUUUCCUCCCUGUGCAGUGGGUGGAGACUGGCUUCUCGACUCAAUGGUGCUUUGAGAACUUCAUCCAGCAUCGAUCGAUGAGAAGGGCACGUGAUGUUCGUGAUCAACUCCAGGGGCUCAUGGAGAGAGUCGAGAUGGAGAUUGUCAGUUGUGGAAUGGACAGUGUUGUCAUCAGAAAGGCUAUCACUGCUGGUUUCUUCUAUCAUACUGCACGCUUCAGUAAGGGAGGUAAUUACAAGACAGUCAAGCACCAACAGACAGUCAUGGUUCAUCCUAAUAGUAGUUUGUUUGAAGAGCAACCAAGAUGGCUGAUUUAUCACGAGCUCGUCUUCACAACCAAGGAGUUCAUGAGACAGGUAAUCGAGAUAGAGAAUGGUUGGCUUCUUGAGGCAGCUCCUCACUACUACAAGGCCAAGGAGUUAGAGGAUGGAUCAAGCAAGAAGAUGCCGAAGGGUGUCGGCAAAUCGGCCGGAAGCUGAUCAGUGUGACAAGAGAUCAUGCGAUACGAUAAGCACGCUGCUGUAGUCUGCCCAGCUUUGUUAUGUCCAGGGGCAUUAAAAAUAAAUGCUUUAAUGCUCCUCAGGGAGUGGAGUAUGUUCAUACUUUGUGUACAAACUGCAAUCAACGGUGAUCAGCAAUGAGCAGUGAUGCAGCAACCAUUUAAGUGGGGCAACUUCAUUGAUCCUCAUGGAGUGGCCAGCUGGAUUUUUCCUCAGGGAGUGGAGAAAGGCGUUCAUCAAAAACAAGACUCCAAGCCAGACGAUGUCGAAAUACAUAAUUUGCCCAGAAAGGUGAUUUUGAUAACGGUAUCAGGUCGAGUGAUGCAUAGGGAGUGAAGAAUGUGCGUAAGUGGUGCACAAGACUACAAACUUAAACUUACAUCCAAAGUUAUUCAGCAGUAUGAGCAAUAGGAUUAUGCCUCAUCUGACUACCCCCUGGAGUGGAGAGCAUGCUUACAGAACUGAUCAUGCAGUUGUAAACAGCUCUAAGGCACUGUUGAGGUGAACAGUGAUGAUGAUCUUUUUUUUAACAAGUACACACCUAGUUACUAAUAAUGCAUAAAGCAUUUCCAUUUAUUUGAGUACAUGCCUUGCUUACAGGCAUAAGUACUGUGGCCAGACCACUCGACCACGGCAGCCGGCAGGUGUCAAACUUUUUGUUUAUUCAGAGUUUGUUGUCAUUAAGAAAGGUUUUCAAUAAACCAAUUAAUCAGUGACCUUUUCAGUCAACUGUACUGAAAUUCUUGUAUUUGAUAGGUUUACACUCAAUUUAAAUUAAGAUUUUUCUAAAAAUAUGUUUUAUGAAAUGCUACCCUUUGGGCAAUUCCAUAAAAUAUGUACAUCCGACCCCCUAUACGUGGAACCUUCAUUAGAUUAUCUGUCUCUUAUUUCUUGUUCUUUACAACAGUCUGUAGGGGAAGGCGGGAUUAGUUGAGCAUAGGGGUAAGUUGAGCCACCACCCCAGGCUGAUAAUACAUGAGUCAGACAUUGUGGUGGUGCCAUAUACAUUGAUGACCCAUUGCAUAAACCCUAACUCCACCACAUUGUUUUCAACGUUUAAACAAAAAGUAAUUUUUCAGAGGGAAAAAUACAAAUUUCAGUUUUAAAAAGUAAAAAAAGGUAUGAAAUAGAUAAGCGCUUUUUACCCACAUGCAUUUUUAAAUAUAAUACAGACAUGAGAAAAAUAUUGUUAGUUCCAGGUAUGGAUCCUCAUUCUUGUCAUAGUCUUUUACAUGAUGGAUGUAUAAGAAAUGUGUGGAAGUGAAAAUAUCACAUUAAGUUCGGACUGGGGAAAGUUGAGCCAGCCAUCAUGGUAAUGUAUAUAUAUAUAUAUUUUAAAAAGGUUGAAAGCCAUUGGCAGAAAGGACCAAAUUCACAAGACAGUUUUUUACUUUUAGAGGAUGUUAGUAUUUAUAGAGAAUUAGCAAAAGAAAAGUUUUUUAAUUGAAAAUUGUCAUGCUGGUUCUUGUCUCAUAUCUUUUGUACAUAGUUUUUGUGGCUCAACUUACCCCAUGGAUGGGGCAAGUUGAGCCAAUUGACAUUUUUUUCAAAGGUGACAGUGACUUUCAGUGUGGGGGUAGAAUGUUAUAUAUAGGUAAAAAAUGUUUCCCAAGAAUUAAAUUCUAAGGCAAGGAACUUACUUCUACAAGAUUAUGAAUCAUGUAAGUUCUAACAUGAAAAAAAAGCAAGAAAUGGCUCAACUUACCCCACUUUCCCCUAAAGUUAUCAAAUGACUAUGACAUGGUCAGUUUAUGAAGUGAAUUAGGAGAAAAAUGGGCGUUGGACGUACAAAAAGGUUUGAUUAUUGUAUGGAAUUACCCCUUUGUAUGAUGAGAUGAGACUAAUUUAAACAAAGAAUGGGUAGACUUAUUCCAGAAACAAGACACUUCUGGUUCCCAUCUUACAAAGAGUUGCAAUUGAUCCAAUCAAUCGCAACUAUGGAAAGCCAGCAAAGUCAACAUAUGAAAUGCAUGUUUGUUCAAAAAAUUUCUAGUUAUGAAUGCACAUCCAUAAAUUCAUUGAUUUCUUGACAAUUUGGGGUGUUCUCCUUUGUUUACAAAGGACAUUUUGCAAAUUUCCUGUAGAAAAAAUUAUGACACUGAUGGAUUUCCAUAGAGUUAUGAUUGAUUGGAUCAAUCGUAACUCUUUGUAAGACAGGGCCCUGUUGUCCAUUCUCCAUUUUUCUGUUGACCAACUGGUUUAUCCUGUGAUUUAAAGAUGGGUCUAGUUUCAGAAAGACUUGUUAUAAUAAUAACAAAUGCACAAUUUCUAUCACAAAUAUAUUGUCAGCCAAUCAAAUUGAUUUAUUUCAGUAGCUUCAAACUAUUGUAGCAAAUUUCUUAUUUUAACAAGUUUUAUGAAACAGCCCCGUUCUUUUUGUAUGGGUAGCUUUAAAUAUAAUGUGACUAUUAUGUCUGACCUUUAAUGUUCUUUGUUUUCUGGACUUCUGGGUAGCGUUUCAUCAAUAUUUUUGUCCGACAAGUUGUCAGAUCUGACAACUUCCCUUUCUUUUCAUUGGCUCAGAAACACUGUUACUAUGGUAACUGUCGGAUAAAAGUCUGACAAGUCCUUUCAUGAAACGCUCCCCUGAUAUUAUGCCACAAUUAUAUAGCAAAUUAUAUUCCAUCAAUUUCAUAUGGUUGGACAGUAAACAGUUGGAAUACAUGUAUUUCAGUUAUGUAAUGUAGGGCCUUGCAUCUUAUUUAUCUUGAUUAAUUAAUUCCAAAUUCUAUGGCUAAUUCUCAAUUUCUCAUUUAUAGCAACUCACUUGCAAAGUUGUUAUUAAUUGCAAGGUGAGUUUUCAAUCUUUAGACCUUUAUUAUACUUGCGAUUGUGAGUUUCUUAUAACAACCCCCUAUUGGCUGAGUUUUUUGUAGGAUUAGGAAUUUUAUGUUGAGCAUAAUGAGUACAGUGUUUGUACAGCUUGGAAAAAAAGGAUUUCCAAAACUGAAUCCCAAAUUUCCACAAAUUCAGUGGCAUUUCCUAGAAUUAAAAUAUGUAGUUUUAUACAAACUUUGGACUAUGAUACAGCAUGCCCAAUGUAGACAUUGUGACUGAAGUUAAGGAAUUUAUAAUUUUUUCUUGUCCCUUGAAUAGGGGAAAAAAUCAAUAAAAAGAGAACAAAUUACAACAUACAGCAAAUCUGUAAAUAUCAAGAAUAUGGAAACUUGGUCCAUUGAAAUAUUGUAUAUAUUUGGAUUUCCCACAAUUGGUUUAUAUUUUCAUAAUCCUGGAGAGAAACUGAACAAAAAUCUAGAUUUCCUGGAAUGCUGGAAAUUUCCUUCAAAGUGGAAACAUUUGAUGAAGAACUUGCUAGUGUUUAUAAGCUUUUUUUGGCCACAUCACACCUUAAGAUUGGUGUGCGAGCCGAUUUUGGAAUAAAACAUUGUAGAAUUUGAUGCAAAUAUUGAGACAUGGACCAUCUUACUGUUGAAAAUUCUAAAUCAUCGUACAAAUACGUAUGUUCAAAUCUGUGAUUAUACAACCAUCCUUAUUAGAAUAAUAGCGAAUUGAACAUCUAGUCAGAAUGACAUCAUUAUUAUAUGAAUGGCAAUGAUUUGAAACUACAUGUAUUUUGGCCUUUACUCUAGAAUAAAGGCUUGCUAUCAUCUAACAUUGUAGUAUUCAAGUUACAUUUAAUUUGAACUUCAAAUAGAUACUUUACAUUCACAUUUUCAGAAAUAAGCAAAAUAUUAUUUAUUCCUAAAUGGGAUCGUGGACCAGUCGUAAGCUGUGCAGAGGACAUUUAGGUCACUACACUCAUUACCAGUGUGUGAAUAGUGUUUGCUUCAGGCCUUUCAAAAUAGAGACCGCCAGGGGUGUCUUAUUGGCCCUCUUUUAUUUCCCUGUUGAAACAUAUUCAGGAAAGGCACAGUUUAGUGGUAGAUAAAUCAUUAUCUUAACCAAACCAUUGUGACUUGAGAUUUUUAGAUCCAGUACAGGUACAGUACACUCAUCAUAGCCCGAAAUCACAAAGGUGGUUUUGAAAACCAUCGGUUGAACCCAUGGUUUAUGCAGAUUUCCUGUUUAAAUUACGCCUAUUUAUCGCAUAUAAAAAAAUGUCCAAUGCUGAUGCGCGCUUUUGUCAGAGCGCCAAAUUGACGCCUGUUGCCAUGGUUAAGUACGCUAUUUUAUUCAUUAGUCCAAUGUUUGGAGAGUGGACUCAUAAAUAAAAUAGGGGAUAACCACGGCAACAGGCAUCAAUUUGGCGCACUGUGACAAAAGCACGGAUUAGCAUUGGACAUUUUUUUAUAUAAAUGGUAAAUAGCGUAAUUUAUACUGGAAAUCUGCAUAAAGCAUGGGUUCAACCGAUGGUUUUAAAAACCACCUUUGUGAAUUUGGGCCCAUAAGUCAACCUUCCCUAAUUCGAGUUAUCGUCUAAUUCUUAGCAUUAUUUUAUACCAGGGUCCAGUUUCUCAAAGACUUGUUAUUAUAACAAAUGAACAAUUUCUAUAACAAGUUUACUAUCAGCCAAUGAGAUUGAAGAAUUUCAGUAGCUUUUAACUGUUAUUGCAAAUUUGUUAUUAUUACAUGAAAUGGGCCUCAGAAUAUGCAAAAAAUGUGUUAUCAAUAUCUUCCAAGUCAGUCCACAUUCCUGUUGUAAUAAUGAUAAUACAUUUAGAGUAUGCCUUCUAUCUAGUUUCCUAUUCAGAGGCGCAGAGGGAAUUAUUACGCAGAAGGGGGGGGGGGAGAUUGUUAUUUGAAAUAUGAUGAGAAUAGAUAUGUCUGAGGUUGGCUUUGAAUGACUCUAUAGACUUGGCAUUGCAUAUCGUUGAAGAGAGUGCAUUCCACAAAGUAGGAGCACUAUUAGCAAAGAAGUUGAAAUUAGGAAGGGUCUUCUGUACAUGAAAAGAAAAAAGAUAUCCCAAUAUGAUAUCAAUGAUAUACAAAUAAAAACAAAUGAAAGAGGAAAUACACGAGAGAGAAAAUAAACUGAUAGUUUCAUCGAAAAUUUGAUAUAAAAUAAUUCGGCCAAAUCAUGGUUUAGGGAACUGCUCAUCAAUUUGUAAGUGCGGACUUGUGUACAAGUGAAUGGAGGUGGAAAUAGGUAACUGAUGUAUGUGACUGAAUAAAGCGCUGCUGUAUGAAGUGAACAGUGAUUCCCUGUUUCACAAUAAUACCACUAUAAUUUCUUUCUUUAUCCAGGAAGUUACAAACUAUUUUCAAUGUACCUUGCUAUGCCAUUUUACAUGUAAAUUUACAAGUAUGUAAAGAUGUGUAAAUGAAAUAAAAUCAUUUUUCAAUUUA